AUGACGAGCGUGCGCUCGCGCCGAAGACAUAGCGUGAAUUUUCACCCCAACCGAGGAGUCUUUUCCGCAGAUCCUCAUAUUCUGUCUUCAUCUUACAUCGUCCGGAAAAGCCGCCUGAGGAUAUUUGGACUACUUCUUCGAUCUGCAUUCCUCGCCUUAAAUAAAAGGCUCACUUCCCAGCUUUUGCGCGCCCCGCCGACUAUUCUCAACUUCCUUCGCGAGCAGCACGCAGACACCCUCCUCCGUCAUUCUUUCGGAUCUGACGUUGUCAUCAUCCGAGCAUAUUGGCACGCUCGCAGGGCAUGCCAGUGGGAGCCCGACGACGUCGUCCGCUUCUAUCAGUUCCUGACCUCGUCAUACGGCAGGACAUCCAGAUUUCCCACCUCCUCGACCUUCGUCUCCUUCCCUGCCUACGACAAGCUCGAGCUCGACGGAGCUGACACACGUGAGGUCUUAUUCGCGCUGAGCCAGGGCCGUCAAACUCUUUUACCCAUCUGCGAUGUCGACAUGAGCGUCGCGGACCCUCGCCUCGUCAUUCGUCAACAUUAUCAAUUCCCAUACGCUGUCAGCGGGUGGAGACGAUGCGAAAGGGAACUCGAGAAGACCGAUAUGCUUCCGCUAUUUUUUAUGCGGCGCGAUGGUGGCGUCGGGGUUCCCAUCACCGAAGAGGGAAUCGACAAUGCCAUAAUGGACAGCCCCACUCGCAUCCGCGCAACAUCUCUGAAGGUCGUUACCCAUCUCGUCGGUUAUCCCCAAAAGAAUUCUCAGAUACAGCUGCCGCGUUUGCAGACGGGGAUCCUUCCGUACAUCCCUUCUGCCAAGCUGGCAGCACUCGUGGCGGGUAGAGUGCGCGCAUACAUACUAGAAAUCAUGGAUACUGUGCUUCCCUCAGAAGGAAACCACACAGUUGGAACAAGACCGGGGCAAAUUGGUAUCGGCGACGUAGUGCUCUGUGGGGUGAUCUUCGUCUCGAGAGGCCGAAUCAUGCCGCUGCUGCAGGUGCAACCGCACAGUGUUCAAGGCCUAUCGACGACCUUACUGUAA